AGCUCAACUCAAAUUUGUGCCCUCACGCACCGACCGCCGAAGAACCAAAAAAAAAACCCGACGAGCAACAGUCUCGGUUAAAACGGUGUUCUUUUUCUUUUUAAAUUGGGACAGUCGUCGCUAUUCCAUUUCUCCGUCCCCCCCCCCCCUUCCCCCGUUCGCGUCGUUCUCUUCUCAGCAACGCAAACCAUUUUCUUCUCUCUUGGGCUAUUCUUAAAAUUGCGCGUCGGUCCGGUUUUUUUUUUUUUGUAUUCUCUCUUAUUACUUUCCUGUUCAUUGACGUGUGCAUCGAAGGCCGUUGCUUUUUCUCACAUUCCUUUCGUUUUGCUACCUGCCUUCUCGUGUAAUACGCACACACCCAUAUAUUUAUAUACUUUAUUUGUUUAUCCUCUUCAAUUUCAGCUUCAUGUCACGUUACAUCGACGUCGACGACAUCCGCAUCGGCGCGGACUACCGGUGCGUGUACUGCUUGAACCCCGUCUCCAACGCGCUGCUCAGCCGUCAGUGCCGUCACCACGUCUGCGGUGCCUGCGCUGCCGCUUGCAGGGGCCACUGCCCAUGGUGCGGGUGCGGCACCUACUGGAGCGCUGACCCUGCGUUCAGUGCAGAGGCGCAGGCAGCCGUUGAAGAGGGUCUCAUCCAAUGUGCCGUCCAGCAACUCCGCAAGGCCUUCGGCUACGAGGGUGAGGCGGCGCUGCGCGAAACAGCCGUGAGUUUCCUCAACACCGAAAGCCGCGAGGCCAACGUGGGUGCGAUGAUGGAGCAUCUCUCGCAGAAGCGCAAAAACAUCUACGCCGCGUCGCCCUCUCCCGAUGCGGUCGAGACAAUGCAGCGAACGGCGUACACGUGUGACGACGCGUCGGUGCUGCACCGUCUAGAGAAUAAGAGACACAUUCGCUCUCUGAUGAUCAACGACGCCAACUUUUGGGACACGAGACUGCUGUCCGGGUUCACGGCAUUGCAGGUGCUUCGUCUGCGGGGCUGUCGCCGCAUUAAAGACUUGUCGGGGCUGAGCGGGUUGAAGUUCCUCAAGACCCUCAACGCCGCCGGCACCGGCCUGCGCAGCCUCAAGGGCUUGGAGCACUGCCCAUCGCUCGAGACGGUGAUUGUGACGGGCUGCAGGAAGGUGGCCAGCAUCGCUCCUCUCUCGCAGCACGCGUGCUUGCGGACGCUGCACUGCGGGCAUACGAACGUGGCGGACAUCGAAGCCGUCGCGUCGUGCGAGCGCCUGGAGGUGGUCACCUUUGACGGAUGUCGCCUGCUUACCAAUCUGUCCCCGCUGGCGGGCCUAACGAAGCUGAGGGAGGUUGGCGCGGCCACCACCAAGGUGACGAUGCUGGAGGCGCUGCGCGGCAGCUGCGCAACGCUCGAGCGCGUCGUUAUGGACAACUGCGCCGGUCUGUCCGACUUGUCGCCGCUGUGCGAGGCGGAGCACCUCAAGGCCCUCCACGUCAACGGAACGAGCGUCCGCGACCUCUACGGCUUUGGCAAGAAGCCGCUGAACUCGGUGGAGCAGCUGCACCUCCGCGACUGCGACCGCAUCCGAAACAUCGCCGACCUCGUCGCGGCGAAGCAUCUACGCGUGCUCGACAUUGGCCACACCAGCGUGUCGAGCCUCGAGUACCUCGUGAACUGCAUCGACACACUGGAGGAGCUGAACAUUGAGGGCUGCCGCCGCAUCACCGACAUUUCCAUCCUAUCCACGGCCGCGCAGUUCAAGUCGCUCCGUGCCUCAGACAGCGGCAUUCGCAGCAUCGCCGCGCUCUACCCGUGCAGCGCCACGCUCGUGUGCGUCAGCGUCGGCGGGUGCGCGGAGGUGGUCGGCGCCACAGCCCUCGCGGAUGCGCCGCUGUUGCUGGAGGUCGUGCUGCGCGGCACGGGCGUGACCAACCUCCACUUCCUCGAAAACUGCAGCAGCGUGCAGAUCCUGGAUUGCGCCGACUGCGUGCGCAUCCACGAUCUCUCGCCGCUGCGCAAAGCGACGAACCUGCGCGAGGUCGUCUUUUCCAACACCCGUGUGCGCGAUAUCGCGGCGCUGGCGGCGUGCCCGCAGCUGGAGGUGGUGAACUGCGCGAACUGCCCCGACGUCGCCGACGUCUCCGCGCUGGACAGGGCGGUGCACCUGCGCCACGCUGUCUUCAGUGGCACGAGCGUCCGCGACAUCGCGCCGCUCUCCAAGUGCACGGCGCUCGAAGUGGCCGACUUUCGCGACUGCGCUGCGCUCUCCUCCAUCGACGCACUCGUUGCCUGCACGCAGCUGCGUCGCGUCAUCUUUGCCAGCACGAAGGUCCGCAGCAUCGCCCCUCUGAGCCGCAGCCGGCACAUCGAGGUGGCCGACUUCGCCUUCUGCAGCAACCUGACGGACCUGACGCCUUUUUCGGUCGCGACAGAGCUGAAGACAUUGAACGUCGAACACACCGCCGUGGGCAGCCUCGUGGCGCUCGCAGACAGCACACAGCUCGAGACGGUGAACGUGGCCUUCUGCGCGCAGGUCGACAAUGUCACGCCGUUGAUGCACUUCGCGCAUUUGUGGUACGUCAACCUGCAGGGGACGCGGGUGAGCGACGUCUCGCCGCUCGUGACGUGCCGAAUGUUGGAGGUGCUCGACAUCCGUGACUGCAGAGACGUCACCGACGUGUCAUGUCUCUCGCGUGCCGGCGAGCUCUCCUCGCUUUACGUGCACCGCAGCGGUGUUCGCGACAUCAGCUCGCUUCGCCUCAACGACGGCGUGAAGGUCUUCGGGCUCCCGGGCCGUGCAGUCAGCACAGCCACUGAAGCCCGAAGCCCGUUCACGCCGCUGUCGGAGACCUCCACCCCGUCCAGCGACGCGCAGAAAAUUGAAAAGACGCCGUCGUCAGAUCGGCGCUGCUCGUACGCUUCCGGCCCCUGCAGCUGCAUGUAA